UGUCUGCUAGUGCAUCAGCCAGCUGUCCUCGUUUUUUUCACUAGCACAGGCACCAAUCGCACACUUUCUCCCGUUACAUGCCUCAUCCCCAAACAUGCCCUUAUAAAUUCUAGACGUUUGCAUAGGGAUGAGGCAUGCACGCAUUAAGAAUCAAUUAUCACCAGUGUGCCUUCUGCAAAAGCUAGAAAAGAAUCAUGAGUAACAUAGCAACGAAAUGGAGGGCUCUGAGCGGCGAGGAUGACUGGGAAGGCUUGCUAGAUCCUCUCGACCUUGAUCUCCGCCGGUAUAUCAUUCACUACGGUGAAAGGGUUCAAGCUAUUUAUGACGCCUUCAUUGGCGACGAGAAGUCUAAGAAUUGUGGACUUUCUCGCUAUGCCAAGAGACACUUGUUCUCCAAGGUGGGCUUAGAAAAAGGUAAUCCAUAUAACUAUAAAGUGACAAAAUAUUUCUAUGCUACAGCAGAUAUCUCAAGCAGCAGCGGCUUCAUCAAGAAGUCCAUAUAUGUUGAUCCACCGGCUGGAGAUUCAAAUUGGAUUGGGUACGUUGCGGUGACGACAGAUACUGAAACCACCGUGUUAGGCAGGAGGGACAUUUUGAUUUCUUGGAGGGGAACUCAGGGGAAAGAGUGGUGUAAUAAUGUGGCGUUCGAUUUGGCCUCAGCUUCUGCAAUACUUGGAAAGGAGCAUGAUCCUAAGGUACACCGUGGUUGGUACUCCAUGUACACUAUGGCUCACGCGGGUUCCGCGUACAAUUCCACUAGUUGUAGAGAGCAGGUGCUAAACGAGGUAAGAAAACUUUUGGACGAUUACAAGGAUGAGGAAGUGAGCAUUACUGUAACCGGCCACAGCUUGGGCGCUGCAAUGGCAACUCUGAAUGCCGUCGACAUUGUUUACAAUGGAUAUAACCUCAAGCCCGACGGUAUUUCUGAGACGAGCACAGAUGAGCCAAUCAAGGACUGUCUCGUCACAGUCUUUGUGUUUGGUGUGCCCCGAGUCGGGGAUGAAGGAUUUCGCAAAGUAUUCACUGAUCUCAAAAACCUUCAUGUCUUACGCGUCAAUAAUAAGAACGAUGUUGUCCCCUCCCUGCCUCCGUUUCUCCCAUACGUAGAUGUGGGAAAGGAGUUCAUAAUUGAUACAAGCAAAUCGCCCUACUUAAAACAUCUUGCUAUUGAUCUCUACGCCCAUAACAUGGAAGUUUAUUUGCAUGGAAUUGCAGGAACACAUGGGGUAGAUGGGGAAUUUAAAUUGGAAGUGAAUCGUGAAAUUGCACUUGUAAACAAGGAGUCGGAUGCUCUAAAAGAUGACCUUCCUGUUCCUGUACUUGAUAAUUGGUGGACUACGAAGAACAAGUCUAUGGUCCAAAACGACGACGGCUCUUGGGUUUUGAUGGAUCAUGAGAGUGAUGAUAACGAUACAAUCAUCACUCUUUAGAAAAUUGCGCGAGGUAGCCUUUGCGCACGUCCGUGGUAAAUAAAGCCACCGGUUUGGCUAGCCAUGCAUGUCACUGUAUUUUAAUCUUAAUGUACUAAACAAAGAGAGAUUAGACUAGUGAUGAUAAUCUAAUCUCUUCACAAAUAAAGGUGUGAGCUCUACAUGCGCACAUAUAUAAUAAAUAAAUUAAGCCACCAGUACGUUUGGCUGGCCAUGUCACGUAUUUUAAUCUUAAUGUACUAAUUAAAAAAUUAGAGAGAUAAUCUUAUCUCUCCAUAAUAAAGUUGUGAGCUUUGUCUCUUUUUUGGGUUU